CGUUUUCUGUCUUUUCUUCUUCCCUCUUUUACUUUUGCUUUGAGCAAGUAUGGCGCCUGCUUCUAAAGCUGCUAAAGCACCCGUAUCGUCAGCGGGACAACAGAAAGCGGCUAGGAAGGCACCUUCGAAGGAGGAUGGGGAUUCGACGAAAAAGAAGCGCAAGAAGGCGAGGAAGGAGACGUAUAGCAGUUAUAUUUACAAGGUGUUGAGGCAGGUCCACCCCGACACUGGUAUAUCGAACAAGGGAAUGGGCGUUUUAAAUUCAUUCGUGAAUGACCUGUUCGAAAGGAUCGCCUCGGAAGCGAGCAAGCUCGCCACUUAUACGAAGAAAUCCACUAUCUCCUCGCGCGAGAUUCAGACGGCAGUGAGGCUCAUUCUUCCCGGAGAGCUUGCGAAGCAUGCAAUCAGUGAGGGAACGAAGAGUGUUACAAAAUUCUCUGCUGCCAGAUGAGACGUGCAGUCACGCAAGCCAUAGCAUUGAGGAGAGCCGGAUCCGACCGUGGUGCAUUAAGCAUGGUAAAUGGACAGACGUGGAUCUAUUAAAUAUGUAGCAUAGCCCAUCUUGUAGAUAUUAUACA